AAAGAGUUAAAAAUAUUUGUCUAUUGGCACAAAGGAAGUUACAACACAAGGACAUUUUCGGCCCACAUGGCAAGACCAAAGAAAGACAUUUACCACCCAUGAAUGAUGAAUGUUGAAAGAUGCUUGCUAUGUCGAAGUUUUGCAAUUCCAGACAGCUGAACAGAGGACCAGUGGAGUAAUGAAGGGCCCAGUGGCUGUGGUUCUGAUGCUGUUACUAAAUAGACAGUUAGUCACAGCAAGAGUUCUCAAACAGACGGAGCCAAGAAAUUAUGACUAUACCAUGUACCACCCUCUGCCUGAAAUCAUGGCUUGGAUGAGGAAGAUUGAAACUGAGAACCCUGAGAUAGUGUCCACCAUUACCUAUGGGACAUCCUAUGAGAACAGAGACAUCACAUUGCUCAAGAUUGGCCUGAACUCUGCUGAGAACAAAAAGGCCAUCUGGAUGGACUGUGGUAUCCACGCCAGAGAAUGGAUCUCCCCGGCUUUCUGCCAAUACUUUGUCAAAGAGAUACUCCACACUUACAAAACCGACGCCAAGGUGGAGGAGAUGCUCAAGAACCUGGAUUUCUACGUCACCCCUGUGCUGAAUGUGGAUGGCUACACAUACACUUGGAAAGACAAUACGACUCGGCAGUGGAGGAAAAACAGAUCACCAGGCACGGGCAGUUGUAUUGGAACAGACCUCAACCGUAACUAUGAUUUCCUGUGGGGGACCAUUGGUGUGUCUACAGACUCUUGCUCCAUCAUCUACCCUGGUCCCAAGGCCAAUUCAGAGAAUGAGACCAGGGCUGUGGUGGACUUUGUGGGGGCAAGGAGUAAAGACAUCCUCUGCUUCCUGACCAUCCACUCGUUUAGCCAGAUGAUCCUCUUCCCUUACGGCCAUCCUAACAUCAAGGACCCCAACUACGAUGAGCUGACAGAGCUGGUGAACACUGCAGCCAAAGCCAUAAAGGCAGUCCAUGGAAUGAACUACACAGUGGGUUCCGUCACAGAAACAAUAUACCCAACAGGAGGCUUGUCCAUGGACUGGGCUCGCUUCAUCGGUAUCCCCUACUCCUUUGCCUUCGAGCUGAGGGAUAAAGGUGAGCACGGCUUCAAACUCCCAGAGGACCAGAUUCAGCCCACCUGUGAGGAGGCCUAUGAGGGAGCUCUCUCCAUCAUCACCUACAUCCAUGACAAGACCUUCCACAGUUCUGCUGUUAGCGUAAGGGCAACUCUGUGGACAGCACUGCUGGCCUCAUGGCUCACUAGCACCGCUCUGCUGUAAAGGAGGGGAAGUGAAUACACUUUUUGCUCAUUGCUUAGGGAUUCCCAAACUGUAGUGGUAGGCUACGCGAGCUGCCACUAGUGGGUACACGAGAUGAAAAGGGCAAUGUCUGAAAGGCGUUAAAAAUGAUUAAAAGUCA